AUUCUUUAUUUCGAAAAAAAUUAAAAACGUUAUUGUUAUUUAACUGUGUUGAAAUCAAACAUGAACAAGAUGUGCUGCUCAAAUAGGCGGUUCCAAAUCAUUUUUUCCUACUGCUGCUAUGAUUUUUUAUGGGUAAGACGGCGGAUUGUCAUUUUUGAUUCCCGCAUAGAUGAGUGAAGCUAUUAUUAUCUUCAGAGCAAGGCGGAUAUUAUUUCCACCAUACAGCCUCGCCAUCAGAGCAAUUCUCCUAAAAUACAAACAGUAGUUAGUUGCACAGUUAACAUAUUUGCUAAAAAGGAUUCGCUUUGAGCUCUGAGUGAACUUAACUUUCAGUCAAUUUCAAGCCAUCACUUUCAGCUUUUAACUUACGUUCUUUAAUUAUUCCCAAUUUUGCUCCAGUUUUUUUUCUAACGUAUUUGUGAAACUGUUCUUCUUAUUUUUCCAUGCGUACUUGAUUUUUCCCCGGGAACUUAACUCAGUUAUAUUUAACUACAUUGUCUGCAUUUUCAUAAAUUACUUUUUUCUAAUUUGUUUGAUAUUAAGGUCUCCUUUUAUCUGAUUGUUAUUGAAGCCAAUCAACAAUUCAAAAAUGGAACAAACAAACUUGAAGCCCGUUAUAUUAUACACCUUUAUUAAUUUCUGUCACUGCAGUUUCCUCUAGAUAACUUUUAUUUAUUUAUUUUUAAGCAAUUAUUUCUUCGGCAUUAUUCGUUGCAAACACAGCUGGAAAUGUUUGCAUAUUCAUCCGCCAUCGGUCGCAACAACAACACUGCCCUGUAUGAGGGCGCCUUGGAGUUCUCUCCGGUUGUGAGAGGGGGCGUGCAGUCCUACUUGGGAAGUGGACUGACCUUUGACCUCUCUAGGGUCAGCGAGAGGGUGAAGAUCAACAUAUGUGGGCAGAUAUUCGAGACCAGCUUCAACAACAUCAAGAAGUACCCCAACACUCUUCUGGGUGAUUUUGACAAGUGCAAGUACUACUUUGACUGGAAUAGGAACGAGUUCUUCUUCGACCGGAACAGAGAGGCGUUCGACUGCAUCUUCUUCUUCUACCAGAGUGGGGGCAGACUGCUCAAGCCUCAGAACAUGGCACCAGAGGAGUUCCUCGACGAACUCAGAUUCUACGAGAUGGGGGAGGACGUGAUCAACAAGUACAUAGACACCCACUGUCCCCAGAGGAGACAAAAGGCGGAGGAGGAGCAGACAGCUGCAGCCGAGGAAGAGGAGAUGAGAAGGAGGAGGGGGAGGGGGAGGGGUGAAGGGGGAGAGAUUAGUGUGAGAGAGAGGGUGUGGAAGGUGUUCGACAAGCCAGACGAGAACACUCUCCCGUCCAGAAUAGUCGCAGGAGUGUCAGUGAUCAUGAUAGUUCUGUCCAUAUUUGUACUGUGCAUAGAGAGCCAUUACUACUUCGUCCUGGUGCCCAUAAACCAAACUGCCCUGGAUCUGGCAUACGCUAACUACCCUGGAAGCAGCACCUAUUCCAAGAACUUCACAAUCACCGACCAGGAUUUAGGUGAGGAUGGGCUGGAUGCAAUGUACCAGGAUAAGGAGAUCAUCCCCGGAAAGCGGAGGAGGACAGAUGCCAACCAUCAGAGUCUACUAGUGGCAGAGAGUCUGGCCAUGACCUGGUUCACAAUCGAGUUCAUAGUCAGGUUCCUGACUUGUCCCAACAAAGUGAAGUUCCUAAGGAGUGUGUUGAACAUCUUCGACCUGUUGGCAGUGGUGCCCUUCUACCUCUUCCUCCUCAUGGAGUAUGGAGUAGUGGACAAAGUGGACAACAGUGUCAAGGCCAGACCCCUCUCCAUGCUCAGAAUAUCCAGACUGGUCCGCAUAUUCCCCAUCCUCAAACUGUCCAGACAUUCCAAGAACCUGCAGAUUUUGGGCCACACAUUCAAGUCAAGUCUGAAUGAGUUGGGGCUGCUCAUCUUCUUCUUCUCCAUGUCAGUCGUUCUCUUCUCCAGUGCAGUCUACAUAGCAGAACAGGACUACACCCCACAGGAAGGCGAGUGGAAUGAGUUCAAGAGCAUUCCGGCUGGCUUCUGGUGGGCCAUAGUGACCAUGAGCACAGUUGGCUAUGGGGACAUGAUUCCACAGACAGUUACCGGCAAACUGGUCGGGUCGGCCUGUGCACUCGUCGGCAUACUGACCCUCUCGCUCCCUGUGCCAAUAAUAGUGUCAAACUUCACUUACUACUACAAGAGUGAGGGCGCCAAGACGAAUAGCAACGACGCCGACUUCGGAAACAUAGCCGACACUAUACAAAGGUAUUCGAUGAUGGGUCCUACUGUAGCGCCGAGAAGGAAAAAAUUGUCAAACGUGAGCGUGAAAACGAAUGCAGGAUCUCUUAAUUCUACAACGAUUUGAAACUCAAAUAUUUUUCCAAGUGUGUGCAAAUAAGCAUUGUCAAACUAAUAAUCUAAUAAUGCCAUAUAUUUUUUGUUGUGAAAUUAUAUUACCAAGAGCACUUGUU